GGGGCUUUUGGACCUCUGUGAUUCCGGAAGUUCCGGGGCGUUCCGGGGCGUUCUGGGGCGUUCUGGGGCCUUUGGAGCGAGGGAUAAGCAGUAAUGGCGGAGGCUGCAGCUCCCGGAACAACAGCCACAACAUCAGGAGCAGGAGCAGCAGCGGCGGAGGCGGCGGAGACGGCGGCAGCAGUCUCCCCGACUCCGAUCCCCACAGUCACCGCCCCGUCCCCGAGGGCGGGCGGAGGGGUGGGCGGCAGCGACGGCAGCGACGGUAGUGGCGGCAGGGGCGACAGUGGCGCGUAUGACGGCAGCGGUGCGUGUGGCGGUAGCGACGCGUGCGAUGGCAGCGGCGACAGCAGCGGCGACAGCUGGACUAAACAGGUCACUUGUAGAUAUUUUAAGUAUGGGAUUUGUAAGGAAGGAGAUAACUGUCGCUACUCGCAUGACCUCUCUGACCGUCUGUGUGGUGUAGUGUGCAAGUAUUUUCAGCGAGGGUGCUGUGUUUAUGGAGACCGCUGCAGAUGUGAACAUAGCAAGCCAUUGAAACAGGAAGAAGCAACUGCUACAGAGCUAACUACAAAGUCAUCCCUUGCUGCUUCCUCAAGUCUCUCAUCAAUAGUUGGACCACUUGUUGAAAUGAAUACAAACGAAGCUGAGUCAAGAAAUUCAAACUUUGCAACUGUAGUAGCAGGUUCAGAGGACUGGGCGAAUGCCAUUGAGUUUGUUCCUGGGCAACCCUACUGUGGCCGUACUGUGCCUUCCUGCACUGAAGCACCCCUGCAGGGCUCAGUGACCAAGGAAGAAUCAGAGGAAGAGCAAACCGCCGUGGAAACAAAGAAGCAGCUGUGCCCCUAUGCUGCAGUGGGACAGUGCCGAUAUGGGGAGAACUGUGUGUAUCUCCACGGAGAUUUAUGUGACAUGUGUGGGGUGCAGGUCCUGCAUCCGAUGGAUGCUGCCCAGAGAUCACAGCAUAUACAAGCGUGCAUUGAAGCCCAUGAGAAAGACAUGGAGUUCUCAUUUGCUGUGCAGCGCAGCAAGGACAAGGUGUGUGGGAUCUGCAUGGAGGUGGUCUAUGAGAAAGCCAACCCCAACGAGCACCGCUUCGGGAUCCUCUCCAACUGCAACCACACCUUCUGUCUCAAGUGCAUUCGCAAGUGGAGGAGUGCUAAGGAAUUUGAGAACAGGAUCGUCAAGUCCUGCCCACAAUGCCGAAUCACAUCUAACUUUGUCAUUCCAAGUGAGUACUGGGUGGAGGAGAAAGAAGAGAAGCAGAAACUCAUUCAGAAAUACAAGGAGGCAAUGAGCGACAAGGCAUGCAACUAUUUUGAUGAAGGACGUGGGAGCUGCCCAUUUGGAGAGAAUUGUUUUUACAAGCAUAUGUACCCUGAUGGCCGUAGAGAGGAGCCACAGAGACAGCAAGUGGGAACAUCAAGCAGAAACCCAGGCCAACAAAGGAACCACUUCUGGGAAUUCUUUGAGGAAGGAGCGAACAGCAACCCCUUUGACGAUGAAGAAGAGGCUGUCACCUUUGAGCUGGCUUAAUGUAAGCAGUUAAAAGUAGCCAUGCCGCCCAUCGUCUGGAAUGUGAGGAGCGCCUCUGCCUGGCCGCCCAGUCUGGGAUGUGAGGAGCACCUAUGCCCGGCCACCCCGUCUGGGAAGUGAGGAGCGCCUCUGCCUGGCCGCCACCCCGUCUGGGAGGUGAGGAGCGUCUCUGCCUGGCCGCCCUGUCUGGGAAGUGAGGAGCACCUCUACCUGGCCGCCCCGUCUGGGAAGUGAGGAGCGCCUCUGCCUGGCCACCCCGUCUGGGAAGCGAGGAGCGCCUCUGCCUGGCCGCCCCAUCUGGGAAGUGAGGAGCGCCUCUGCCCGGCCGCCACCCCGUCUGGGAAGUGAAGAGCGUCUCUGCCCGGCUGCCCAUCGUCUGGGAGGUGAGGAGCGCCUCUGCCCGGCCGCCCCGUCUGGGAGGUGAGGAGUGCCUCUGCCCGGCCGCCCCGUCUGGGAGGCGAGGAGCGCCUCUUCCCAGCCGCCCUGUCUGGGAGGCGAGGAGCGCCUCUUCCCAGCCGCCCCGUCUGGGAGGCGAGGAGCGCCUCUGCCCGGCCGCCCCAUCUGGGAGGCGAGGAGCGCCUCUUCCUGGCCGCCCUGUCUGGGAGGUGAGGAGCGCCUCUGCCCGGCCGCCCCGUCUGAGAGGUGAGGAGCGCGUCUGCCCGGCCACCCUGUCUGGGAAGUGGGCGCCUCUCCCACCUGCCCUGUCUGGGAGGUGAGGGGCGUCUCUGCCCGGCCGCCCCGUCUGGGAGGUGAGGAGCGCCUCUGCCCGGCGGCCCCAUCUGGGAGGUGGGGAAUGCCUCUGCCCGGCGGCCCCGUCUGGGAGGUGGGGAGUGCCUCUGCCCGGCCGCCCAUCAUCUGGGAUGUGAGGUGCGCCUCUGCCCGGCCGCCACCCUGUCUGGGAGGUGAGGAGCGCCUCUGCCCAGCCACCACCCCAUCUGGGAAGUGAGGUGCGCCUCUGCCCGGCCGCCACCCCGUCUGGGAGGUGAGGAGUGCCUCUGCCCGGCCGCCACCCCAUCUGGGAAGUGAGGUGCGCCUCUGCCCGGCCGCCCCGUCUGGGAAGUGAGGAGCGCCUAUGCCCGGCCGCCCCGUCUGGGAAGUGUACCCAACAGCUCCAAAGAGACAGCGACCAUCAAGAACGGGCCAUGAUGACGAUGGCGGUUUUGUCGAAAAGAAACGGGGGAAAUGUGGGGAAAAGAAAGAGAGAUCAGAUUGUUACUGUGUCUGUGUAGAAAGAAGUUGACCUAGGAGACACCAUUUUGUUCUGUACUAAGAAAAAUUCUUCUGCCUUGUGAUGCUGUUAAUCUAUAAUCUUACCCCUAACCCCGUGCUCUCUGAAACAUGUGCUGUGUCAACUCAGGGUUAAAUGGAUUAAGGGCGGUGCAAGAUGUGCUUUGUUAAACAGAUGCUAGAAGGCAGCAUGCUCGUUAAGAGUCAUCAGCACUCCCUAAUCUCAAGUACCCAGGGACACAAACACUGCUGAAGGCUGCAGGGACCUCUGCCUAGGAAAACCAGAGACCUUUGUUCACAUGUUUAUCUGCUGACCUUCUCUCCACUAUUAUCCUAUGACCCUGCCACAUCCCCCUCUCUGAGAAACACCCAAGAAUGAUCAAUAAAUACUAAAAAAAUAAAAAUAAAAAUAAAUAAAUAAAUAAAAAUAAAAAAAAUAAAGUAGCCAUGCAGCAGGCUAAAUGCUUUGCUGCUUCAGUAUUUCUUCUGCCAGAUACCCUACAUCAUUACUCUCCAGCUCAGCCUUCCACAAAGCCCUUGGGGAUAGACACAGUUCAGCCAACUUUUUUGUUCAUUUAUAACAAGAACAGCCUUUACUCCAGGUUUCAAUACCUUGUUUUUCAGUUCCAUCUGAAACCUCAUCAGAAUGGCCUUUACUGACCAUAUCUUUAUCAAUAUUCUGGUCACGACCACUUAACCAAUCCUAAGGAGUUCCCAACUUUCCCUAGUCUUCUUGUUUUCUAAGCCCUCACCAGAAUUGCCCUUAAUGCUCUGUUCACGGAAAUACAGGCUUUUUCUAGCUUGCUCCUCCAAACUUUUCCAGCCUCUCCCCAUUAUCAGUUCCAAAGAUGCUUCCCCAUUUUUAGGUAUUUGUUAUUAGCAACAACUCCACUUUUGGUACCAAUUUUCUUAGUCCCUUUUUUCUGUUGCUUAUAACAGAAUGCCUGAAACCAGGUAAGUUAUUUUUAAAAGGAAUUUAUUUCUUACAGUUAUGGAGGUGGAGAAGUUCAGGGUCAAGGGGCUGUAUCUGGUAAGGGGCUGUAUCUGGUGAGGGCCUUCUUGCUGGUGGGGACUCUCUGCAGAGUCCUGAGGCAAUGCAGGGCAUUACAUGGUGAAGCAGCUGAGCAUGCCAGCUCAGGUCUCUCCUCCUCUUUUUAUAAAGCCAUCAGUCCUACUCUCAUAACUCAUAAAUCCACUAACUCAUUAAUUUAUUAAUCCAGGGCAGAGCCCUCCUGAUCCAAUCACCUCCUAAAGGUCCCACCUCUCGAUAUUGCCACAUUGGGAAUUAGGUAUCAAGAUGAGUUUCAGAGGAGACAAACAUUUAAACCAUAGUAGCAUGCUAUGCUGGCAUCAGCCAGAAGUGGACGUCUAUUAUACCACAGCCAUAUUCUGAAGUGGCCCUGAAAAUGGUGAUGAAGGAAAAUCCUCCCAGAAGGCAGAACUUCCAGUGAUUCAUUUGGUUGUUCAUUUUGUUGGGACUGAGAACAGCCAGAUGACUGGAUCCACACUGCCUCAUAAGCAAUGGCUAAUGGGUUAUCCAAUUGGUCAGGGACUUGGAAAGAGCAAGACUGGAAAACUGGUGGUAAGGAGGUAUUGGGGCAGGUAUAUGGAUGGACCUCUGGGACUAAGCCCAAAAUAUGAAAAUAUCCAUGUCCAUAUAAAUGCUGAGUAGAGGGCAUCUACUGCAGAGGAGGCUGUCAAUAAUUAGGUGGACUAGAGAAUCCAUCCUUGGAUGUCAGUCAGACUCUUCCCCCACUUAUCCUGGUGUUUCCUCGAUGAUCUUAUAAACUCAGUGUCAGAGCAUCCACAAUAUAGGCUUCCGUUACAAAGCUCACUGCUAGAUGCCUGACUGGCCAACAGCAGAGGCCAACUCUGAGUCUUUGAUAUGGCACCACUCCCAGAGGGGAUCAGACACAUGAAACAGACAUGAAUGGAACUUGAAGUCUGGAGUCAGCCUGGUCCAGCUGCACCCAGCCUAAAUCAGCUGAAUCACAACCAACCCACACACUUGUGGCCAAGAAAUAAAAUGUUUGCUCUAUUAAGCCAAUGAGGUUAUGGUUCUGUUUGUUAUGCAGCAGGAACCUAAUAUUUUUUAUUAAUCCUAAUUGAAUUAUCCUAAUUUGAUUGUACCAUCUGUUUUCUUUUGAGAUCCUGACUAAAUCACUGCCUAUUUGCAGAUGUCUUA